GAGACGACUCCAUACACGCAGCCCGCCGUGGACGCGCGCUUCUCCCAAGCAAGUCCAACCCCUCCUCCAUCCCUCCCUCCCUCCCCCCAUCCAUCCAUCCGCAGUAAAGCCUUCGCUGCGCUAGAUCUCGCCGCCCGCCCCGAUUUCUUUUCUCGGCCUCUCCCAGUAGCUCGCUCGGCAGAUCUGCGCCUCCUGGGAAUCUCCGUCGCUUCCGUCCAAAGGCUCGAUUCUUUUCUUGCUCUUCGCUGAGGCUUUCCCCCCGGAUCGCACGGUCGGGGGACACACAGGAUGAUGGGUCCUGCGUGGUGGGCUGUGCUGCUGCUGCUGGCCAUGGCGGACGCCGUGGCGGGGAGGUUCGUGGUGGAGAAGAACAGCGUGCAGGUGACCUCGCCGGAGAGCCUCAAGGGCAAGUACGAGUGCGCCAUCGGCAACUUCGGCCUGCCGCAGUACGGGGGCACCCUGCAAGGCUGGGUCGUCUACCCCAAGGACAACAGGCAGGCCUGCAAGGAGUUCGACGUCUCCUUCAAGGGCCACAAGUCGGGAGCCCGCCCUAACUUCGUCCUCAUCGACCGCGGAGAAUGCUUUUUCACAACAAAGGCAUGGAAUGCACAACUUGCUGGAGCUGCAGCAAUUCUCGUUGUGGAUAGCAAGGACGAGCCUUUGAUCACAAUGGACAACCCAGAAGAUACUGGCACGAAGCACUUAGAAAAUAUCACUAUUCCAUCAGUGCUGAUAACAAAGAAACUGGGCGAGGACCUUAAGAAAUCUGCUGAAAAUGGUGACAUGGUUAGUGUCCUCCUGGAUUGGAGGGAAUCCCUUCCCCAUCCUGAUGAGCGUGUAGAGUAUGAAUUCUGGACAAACAGUAAUGAUGAAUGCGGUCCUAAAUGUGAUAUGCAAAUGGAUUUUGUGAAGAGCUUCAGAGGAACCGCACAAGUUCUUGAGCAGAAGGGUUACACACAGUUCACUCCUCAUUAUAUUACAUGGUAUUGCCCGGAAGCUUUUACCGUGAGCAAGCAAUGCAAAUCCCAGUGCAUAAAUCAUGGGAGAUAUUGUGCACCGGACCCAGAGCAGGAUUUCAGCAAAGGAUAUGAUGGGAAGGAUGUCGUGGUCCAGAAUUUACAUCAAGUCUGUGUAUUCAAGGUUGCCAAUGACACUGGCAAGCCAUGGUUGUGGUGGGAUUAUGUACAUGACUUUGCCAUUAGAUGCCCAAUGAAGGAGAAGAAAUACACACAUGAAUGUGCAAGUCAUGUUAUUAAGUCACUUGGUUUGGACUUGGACAAGAUAAACAAGUGUGUUGGAGAUCCUGAAGCUGAUGAGGAAAACCCAAUUCUAAAGGCGGAACAAGAUGCCCAAAUUGGUCAUGGUAAACGAGGAGAUGUCACGAUACUGCCAACCCUUGUCGUCAAUAACAGGCAAUACCGAGGUAAGUUGGACAAAGGUGCUGUGCUAAAAGCAAUCUGUUCAGGAUUUGAGGAGACAACUGAGCCCGCUAUUUGUUUGAGUGAAGAUGUUCAAACAAAUGAGUGUUUGGAGAACCACGGAGGUUGCUGGGUCGACAAGGCUAAUAACGUCACUGCAUGCAAGGAUACCUUCCGCGGGCGUGUUUGUGAGUGCCCUAUUGUCAAAGGUGUAAAAUUCGUGGGGGAUGGAUAUACCAACUGUGAAGCUUCCGGUGUUGGUAGGUGUGAGAUCAACAAUGGAGGAUGCUGGAAAGAAACUAAGAAUGGGAAGACAAUAUCUGCCUGCUCGCAUGAAGAAUCUGAAGGUUGCAAAUGUCCACAAGGUUUCAAGGGCGAUGGUGUAAAAAGCUGUGAAGAUAUUGAUGAAUGCAAAGCGAAAUCUGCCUGUCAGUGCAAUGGCUGCAGUUGCGAGAAUACAUGGGGAAGCUAUGAAUGCAGCUGUGGUGGUAACAACAUGUUAUACAUGAGAGAGCAAGACACGUGCAUCAGCAAACAAGCUGCCUCCUCAGUCGGCUGGAGCUUCAUGUGGGUUAUUUUCUUCGGACUUGUAUUUGCCGGGGUCGGAGCAUAUGCAGUGUACAAAUACAGGCUACGGAGUUACAUGGAUUCGGAGAUCCGCGCCAUCAUGGCUCAGUACAUGCCUUUGGACAGCCAAGAAGGCGCAAACCAGCAACAGCAUGUCGCGCAUGCUGGUGAUAUCUGAGACCAGAUGGCACUGCUUUUGCUGAGCAACACAGAAGCGUGCAGCGUAUGUAUUCUCAUCGGUGGCGUCGGCUUUACAGCGCGAAGCAAAGAUACGGUUUGUACGCGAGGAGAUUUGAUGUAUGAUUCUAGGAGUUACACUGUUGUGCACCUUCAUUUUGUGAGACACGAUGAACAGCAUAGGCGGAUAUUGUCACGGUUACCCUACUCCCUUUUGUCGGCUCUAGACUCAUUGCAUACUACGCACGUACUACGUGUCAACAUCCUGUAAAUACUUGGUGUUCAGACUACUUGCCCCCGUUAUAUCUGAAUAAAUCUGGAGCCUAGAGGUGGUA